CUGCCUUUUGAAACAUUUUUUUUCGUUCCUCUUUCCUAACGAUGGGCAUGAAAUCUUUGUUGUCGUCGGCUAUUCGCGGCCUUCCUUGUGAAUAAUCUGAUUUACAUUACAUUACCACGACUUGAGCGAUAAUCUCGACAACGUCCCCCUUUACCAUUUUUCCAUACAUAUAAGACAAAGUUAAGCAACUGUCGUGCUAAAAUUUAAUUAUUAUAGUGUAAAAGCUUUUGGACAUCGAACUGAGAUAAAAUCUACUUCGGCCUAACUAUGGAGUUCACAUACAUUAGGAAUAAAGUACAUGUUGCUAUAUAAGCCGAAUAACUCGGGAACCUUCGUUAGCUACAAGCAACUAAUAGUAUACUGUACCUGAUUAUUUCAUUGAGUCCUAUUAUUUGAUUGCCCCUCUUUACAACGAAAUAGUUCAUUGCUCGAUAUGGUCAGCAAAGCCAUGACAGUCUCCAUUGGUGGUUUGAUCCUUUCCAUCUCUUUUGGCGUUCUCGUGCUGAUUGAUUUAAUCGGCAACACGCUAGUGAUUCUAGUGGUAGUAAGCAACCGUUAUAUGCACACUCCAGUGAACUAUCUCGUAAAUUUAGCCCUGGCUGAUGUUUUAAUCGGCUUGGCAAUUCUUCCACAGUACGUGCUGCGUUACGCAUUUCACCACCCUGAAGGUAUUGCCGGCGACUGGAUGUGUAAGUUCAUAACUGGUGGAAAUUUUAUUUGGGUUGGGGGAGCUGCGUCGCUAUUCACGCUCAUAGCCAUCGCAUUCGAACGGUACUUUGCUAUUAUCCACCCAUACACAGCACUUGGGAAAAUAACCGCAAGGAAACUGAAGAUACUGGUCAUGGCAAGUUGGGCUUUUGCAGCCUUAAAGGAUGGAACACCUUUCUUCGUCAUAAAAUACGAUUCAGUUAUUGAUUUUUGCAUGGAAACAUGGUCUGACAUCACGUCCGCGCGUGCUUUUACAGCGGUCAUUUUCGUGCUAGUGUUACAAGUAGAACGUGAGGGACUGGGCCCAGCCCCAGGUUACAUAUUAUUAUGGGAUCGAAAAUCCUACGCGUUGGCGAGAAUUGAAAACGAAACGAGGAUCGAUGAGAAAACGUGUUGUCAUUGUAGUUUUGUAGUAGUUCCUGUGCGAGAUUGAGUAGAGUAUAACAUUUGGUGACCCCGACGUGACAAAGAAACCAUCGAAAUGUCUAUAGAAGUCGUCGAAGAGAUUCAGAUAGAGGUGAGAACAGCAAUUUGUCAGCUUAGCGAAGCGAGUCUUCGAGAAAUCUGUGCGGGGC